CGAGAUUCUAACUCGCAUCCCUUUCUGAUACCGCAAUUGCAAGACCACCUUUUUGGCAAGCGCUUGCAGACUGCCGAAACGGGCCGCAUUGCCCACACGCCUGCGACUGGACAGGACAUCUUCGUGCAGUGUGGUUCUCCUUUCAAGAGGUACAACCCGCCUCUCAGGAGUACUUGAUCCACCCCGCCUGUCGUCUCUUGAACCGCGAAGAGGUAUAACAGACAAUUGGGGGGUGGGUGGGUCACUAGAUCCGUGCUGGCUGGUUUCUUACAUUUGAUCCCUUCUUCCGCCCCUCCACGUAUAUUAGCAUGCCGUGUCUUGGGAGCGCGAGGCUCCCCCUGCGUUCACUCCACUUUUCCUUCUCGAGCUCCAUCGCUGCCCCGACCCGUUGGCCGCCACAUCGCGCGUUCUCCAUCAUGGCGCAUUUUCGUAACGACCUUUUUGACUACACGUCAGGGCGGUGGAUCAUCAACGAUGCCCUUCGCCACGCAGAGCGCAGACGUGUCUUCAACGUCGAUGGGCUAUGUCGACUUGCAGCGCAGUCCGUCGAUCGGAGUCCUGAUGAUCUCGUCGGCAGAGCGAACACGCCUCAUUAUACCCUCCCUUCUGGUAUAUAUCCUCUUCGAAUAUAUAGGAUUACCGUCUUAGCAUGUCGUCGAGACAUGCCUCCUCUCCUUUGUCCUUCUUCCAUAGAAUCUUGCCGCCGGACAUUGCACUCCUUUCUGCUAGCCACUCGCUUCGAUAAUAUUAUUUGAUACAGUCUUAAGACCUGCCUCUGCUCCUUCGUCCUUCGUCAUCGUAGAGUCCAAUUAAGAGUUCAUUGAUACCCAACACUCCUCUGUACAGCAACCCCGUCACAGUCCGAGCU